ACCAAUAGCGAACAAGUUAGGCGGGACGUUUAGUCAGGUUCGACCAAUCACAAAAGGCCGGAACCAGCUCUGGUGCAUUAAAGGGCAACUGCAAAUGUGGCCGCACAGCACAUGAAAGCUCAUGUAUAGUUCCAUGUGAUGUUUGGAUUACGAACCACGAGACUCGGUUAAAUGUUGGAGGGGGCAACGAGUGGUUUAGAGCGUGAAAACCAAGAGGGGUGACGAGCUAGUGACGUCCUUGUCUGAGCGAAAAUUUCCACACCGGACUUCGCUAGGGGUUUGAAGAAAAACUCCUUGGAAGAAAAGCCUCAAAAUGGAGGUUGACAACGGGGCGGCGGUGGGCAGUGGCGGCGUGCUCGACUUUUCGCGCUUGAACUUAAACACUUUCACCGUGGACAGCGUGAGCGACGAGAAUAAAAAAGACGCCAAUCAGCUCUUUCUGAACAACAACCGUCUGUGCGCGUUUCCCACGUCGGUCACCUACUUCUCCAACCUCCAGUUGCUGGACAUCAGCAACAACCGAUUGUCGGCCAUCGGCGAGGACUUCACACGGCUAGCUAAACUCAAGACGCUCAUAGCCAAAAACAACCACCUGAACGAGUUCUCACUGCCAAAGGGCUUCGGUUCUAUGCAGCUGGAGGUGCUGAACUUUAGCGGGAACCGCUUCGAGGAGAUCCCGCUGCAGUGCACCAAACUACGGCGUCUGCAGUCGCUGUCACUCGGCGGAAACAGACUGAAAAGUAUUCCCGCCGAGAUUGAGAACCUAACCAGUCUGGAGUUGUUGUAUCUUGGUGGAAACUUCAUCUCAGCCAUUCCUGCCGAGGUUGCCAACCUGCCUUACCUGAGCUACUUGGUGCUGUGUGACAACCGUAUCCAAAGCGUCCCGCCGCAGCUGACUCGGCUCCACUCAUUGCGCUCGCUGAGUCUCCACAACAACUUGCUCACGUAUCUGCCUCGGGAAAUCCUGAGCCUUGUGCACCUGCAGGAGCUCAGCCUCCGCGGGAACCCGCUGGUGGUGCGCUUCGUCAAGGAGCUGAUGUACGACCCCCCCUCGCUGCUGGAGCUGGCCGGGCGAACCAUCAAAAGCAGGAAUGUCCCUUACUCGCCGUCAGACAUGCCUUCCCACCUGCUAAAGUACUUGGACCUGGCUAGCAAGUGCCCCAACCCCAAAUGUGCAGGUGUCUACUUUGACUCGUGCGUGCGCCACAUCAAGUUUGUGGACUUCUGUGGCAAGUACCGGCUGCCACUCAUGCACUACCUGUGCUCGCCCGAGUGCACCACAUCGCCCUGCAGCUCCAACCCGCAGAGCGACGCAGAAUCUGAGGACGAGAACAGCGUGCCUGCCGACCGUCUCCAGAAGGUUCUGCUGGGCUAGGACAUUACCAUCUCUCUACAUACGCCGCCCAACAUGUACGCCAUUCCGCACAAUUUCUACUUGUACACAUCGAAUUUGAAUAUAUAAUGAGUUGUUUAAAACAGUUCCCUGGUGUCUUGGGUCAGUGACACAACUUUGACAAAAUACCCAAAGGAUAAAGAAUGACUGCACAGCACACAGGGGCACAUUUGAUAAUACACAUACCACAUAGACUUUGGAAUCAGAACUGCACAAAAUGUGCUUGUAAAACUGGAGAAGGUGCGGGGAAAACGUGUUGCUUUUGUAAAAAUUGAAACUUGUUGUGCAAUGUCACUCCGCCGCGUCCAGACUGCAAAUGAAUGGCACUUGCUCAAAGCCACCACCCACUAAUUUAGCCCGACUGUCACUUGGAAGUGGCUCAGGUUCUUCACCCAGCACAGUUGAUCAUAUCAUUGGCAGAUACAUUUUGUGGGGUGUUAAUUGAAGUUGGCCCCAUUGUCGGGUAACAUUUUCUGAAAUCAGUGGAUAAAUACCUUCAUGUUAUAGAAUACCAGCACUUAAAAAGUCCAUUUCCUGUAAUAGGUCCCCUUUAAUAUCCAUUGAUUGUUCCCAAUAGGUAAUAAUUUAGAUUUUAUUUCACCCCCACCAAACACAAAAGUGAAGGGCUCCUUUUAUUUGACUUUCCCAAGAUCAAUCCUUGACGUAUCCUAGGCACACUACAGGAGUUCCCUAAAGCAUAAAAAUAAAUAAAAUAAUAGCUUCUUCCUAAUGUCUUUUCAAUACUUUGUUGUUUGUGUCUGUCCAACGAUGUAUAUAAGCACCCUGAAAUGUGACGAGAUUACCGGUAUUGCCAUUUUUUUUCUAGUCUGAUUUUUUUUUUUUAAUACAGAAAAAGUGUAUAACCGAAUAACUGCUUUUCUAUCAAUCGCUUUACAAAAAUAAAAAUAAUCAACUACUUAUUAAAUUAAACUGCAGCGUACUUUGCUCUUAAUCAGAAUGUUUCUCAUCGAUAGGAGUAUGAUAAUAAUCAAUGGUAAUAAUAAAAGACACGUGCGGUA